AUGGGUGAUCACAAGCUCUCCCAGAUCAAACAUGACGAGCACUUAUUGCUUGAUCAACCACUCCUUCGUCUCCCCUCCGAACUUCUUCGUAAAAACUUUCGAACCGCACAUUUCGCAAUUGAGAAGGACACCGCUGCCCUCAAGACGUUGCUGAAGGAUUCUGCUACCGCCACAGUAUCUGGCCGCGCAUCACAGGAAGAUGUUAUUCGAAAUGUCGAUGCUAUGAUCACUCGAAUGCGCGGUCUGAAGCGCAAGCUCACUACCAAUGCUGCCGAAGAAGCUCUUUUGCACACGCAGACCGCUGCCCGCAUAGCCCAUCUCGACGAAUUAUACAAAAUGGAUUCGGUGGAAGAUGUCAAGUACGAAACCUGGAGUAGAAAAAGGCUGGAUAGGCUUUUGGCGGACUACCUACUUCGCCAUGGAUACAACGAGACUGCAAAGGAGUUGGCAGUCCAGCGUGGAAUCAACGAUCUUGUUGACGUCGAUACCUUUGUUGCUGCUAGUCGUAUUCGAGAUUCACUAAUGAAGGAGAGCGUUGUUGAAGCUCUGGCCUGGUGCACCGAGAACAAGAAGGAGCUCCGCAAGAUGGAUGUUAGUCAAGCCCCAUCCAGAAUCGUUACAUGUCAUGCUGAUAUUCUGCAGAGUAAACUUGAGUUCAUGCUUCGCUUUCAACAAUAUAUUGAACUUGUCCGCUCUCAGUCCCCAUCCAAGGUCAACGAGGCCAUCGCCCACGCAAAGAAACAUCUUAUCCCCUAUCGAACCACAUUUCGCCGCGAGGUUGAACAAGCCUGCGGUCUGCUUGCUUUCCCUCCUGGCUCUAAGGCCUAUGGAGAGCUCUAUAAGCCUUCACGCUGGGCUGAACUUGCUAAUCUCUUUACAAAAACUCACAAUCAACUGCUCGCCCUUCCUGCAGUGCCUCUUCUUCAUGUCGCACUUUCUUCAGGUCUCUCAGCUCUCAAAACACCUGCAUGCCACACUCACUCCCCGAAUCCCCCACAAAGCUCGAGCGCGAGCCAUACCACAAGUUCAACUGAUGUAACAGAAACGGCUGCUUCGACGCUCGGCCAUGGUGUUUGUCCUAUCUGCUCUACCGAGCUCAAUGAACUCGCACGCAAUGUGCCAUAUGCCCAUCACACGCAGAGUCACGUAGAGCAUGAUCUUAGGCUGUUGCCCAACGGCAGCGUCUACGGAAGCGAUCGCCUAGAAACGCAGGCCAGAAAGCACGGAUUGCCUUCAGACAAGGUCCGGGAUCUAAGGACAGGUCAGAUCUUCCCUACCGAGUCUUUGAAGAAGGUCUACAUCACUUAA